AUGACGAAGCCGCUCUCUGAGGGCGGCGCGGGCCUGAAAGCCUCAGACGCAGUGGACGUGUACCACUUCGAGAUGGAGAAUCUCGAUUACGUCGAGGACGUCGUGCGGCGGGAGAAACUGGAUGCCGAUUUCUGGCGCGGACAUCGACUCGAAGUGUUCACGUCUGAAGAGGGAGCUAAGAGGAAUGAGGAAACGCUCGACAAGUUUAUGAGAGCUCAGGAAGAGGGUAGACACAAGGGCAAGGCCAUGCAGUGCAAGGUCCUGAAGGGGGAUGAGGCGAAGCGACGCGCCAGGAUGCAGACCGCCACGGCUGUUACCACCGUCCCUGCCGGAAGCUGGCAUCCCCAUCGCGGUGUGACGGGUCUGAUGCGCCGGGCACUAGAGCAAGGCGUCAAGCUCUUCUCUUGGACGCCGGUGAUGAGUCUGCACCAGCAGGGGGGAGAGGGUUGGAUCGUAGACUGUGGCGACCGGGGCAAGAUCAAGGCGAAGAAUGUCGUCCUCGCCACAAACGGAUACACGCGGUAUCUGACCGAGGGCGACUUGGCGAAACAGUUAGAUCCCCACGCGGCUUCUAUUGCUGACAGCAGCGUGAUCCCCUACCGAGGGCACUGUGGCAUCGUCGUCCCGCCCACAUCUUAUGCUGGCACAGGGGCCCUGGACGCAACCUACGGUGUCGAGGACGGGCCGUACUUGAUCCAAACGCCGCAUGCUGGUCUUGUCCUGGGCCCCUACAAUGCGACAGUCAUCUCUCAGCAUCUCUCCAAGGCCUCGGAACUCUAUGGCGUGGACGACGACAGUGUCGUCUUGCCCAAGUUGAAGGACUGGAUUGCGAACUGGUGCAAGGACAACUACGAGGGAUGGGGCGAGGAGAAGAUUGGCGAGGGGCUGGCGCGGGUUUGGUCUGGCGUCAUGGGGCACAGUGUCGACUGGGUCCCUCUGUAUGGCGGAGUGCCGGGGAAGGACGGACUGUGGGCUGCCGUCGGAUACAACGGUGAGUUUCAUGAAGAUGGAAGAAGAGCUGAUGAAUAG